AUGUAUAGCCAAGCUGCUGUAUUGGUCCGCCAGGAAACUGAGGCUCUUCGUAUCUCGAGUGAACAGCUGCAAGUUCUUGGGCAGCUUGUUACUGAGCUUGAGCGGCUGGAGGCACUGCAUCAUGAAAAUGCUGACGGGCCUUUACCUGGGCCCGAAGCUCAGACGCAGGACCAGAUCCCUGCUGGCAGCCCCGACUUGCCGGACGGUGUUGCCAUCCCUCCGGGAUGGACACUGAUGCCGCUACAGCGGCUGGAUAAUCAACAUCGCAUCCAGCCUACUAGCACACAACGCUCGUCGCGGGCUUCGUCUGCCGGCCCUGCCACAUCGUCGCUGGGUGAGGAGCGCACACCUCACACUCCCACAUCGCACCCAGCUCCUACAUCACAGCCAACCCAACGAAGCAAUGUCCCCGUUCUGGAGAGAAUUCCUGGGACCAAUAACUUUCGUCUUGCUGGGUCCAACAACGGCGGAGCAGCGCCGCGGCCUGAACCGACAGCCGUGCCUGGUGAUGCGCCGGCUGUCGUUUCAGCGGCUGGCAGCACCCGGUCUUCGGAGGGAAGCGACAGUCGUGGUAGCGCCGCGUUAGAAGAUGAAGACGAAGGCCCUAGUGAAGAUGAGGCGGAGUUUGGCGAAAGCAGUAAAGCUGCAGGCAAGGCUGUCACCAUGGAGGACGUUUCUGAAGAAGAAUGA